GUCGGUGUUAUAAUAUAAAGAAAGAAGAAACGAUCAAAUCCAUCUCUCUCUCGAAGACGUUAAUGGCGGAAACCGUGGAGCUACCGAGUAGGUUAGCGAUUCUUCCUUUCAGGAACAAGGUUCUCUUACCUGGCGCCAUUAUUCGCAUCCGUUGUACUUCUCAUAGCAGCGUCACACUGGUGGAGCAAGAAUUAUGGCAGAAAGAAGAGAAGGGUUUAAUUGGCAUUUUGCCAGUUCGUGAUGAUGCUGAGGGUUCUUCAAUUGGGACGAUGAUUAAUCCAGGUGCUGGAAGUGAUUCUGGAGAAAGGAGCUUGAAAUUUCUAGUUGGUACAACAGAUGCUCAGAAGUCUGAUGCUAAAGAUCAGCAUGAAGCUCAAUGGCACACCAGGGGAGUAGCAGCUCGGGCUCUGCAUCUGUCAAGAGGAGUGGAGAAACCAAGUGGAAGAGUUACAUAUGUGGUUGUCCUUGAAGGUCUGAGCAGGUUUAAUGUUCAAGAGCUUGGAAAAAGAGGACCAUAUUCAGUUGCGCGGAUUACAUCACUCGAGAUGACUAAGGCAGAGUUGGACCAAGUGCAACAAGACUCAGAUUUUGUAGCACUGUCACGCCAGUUUAAAACCACAGCUAUGGAGCUUGUCUCUGUGCUUGAGCAGAAACAAAAAACUGGUGGAAGGACAAAAGUUCUUUUGGAUACAGUUCCUAUCCAGAAAUUAGCAGACAUAUUUGUUGCUAGCUUUGAGAUGAGUUUCGAAGAGCAACUAUCUAUGCUGGAUUCAGUUGACCUGAAAGUAAGACUUUCAAAGGCUACUGAACUAGUUGAUCGGCAUUUGCAGUCAAUUCGCGUGGCAGAGAAGAUUACUCAGAAGGUGGAAGGCCAGUUGUCAAAGUCACAGAAGGAGUAUCUCUUGCGCCAGCAGAUGAGAGCUAUUAAAGAGGAGCUUGGCGACAAUGAUGAUGAUGAAGAUGAUGUAGCUGCACUUGAAAGAAAGAUGCAAGCUGCCGGAAUGCCAUCAAACAUAUGGAAGCAUGCUCAAAGGGAAUUGAGGCGACUAAAAAAGAUGCAACCUCAGCAACCCGGUUACAACAGUUCACGAGUUUACCUGGAGCUGUUGGCUGAUCUUCCUUGGGAGAAGGCAAGCGAAGAACAUGAGUUGGAUCUAAAAGCUGCAAAAGAACGUCUUGACAGUGAUCACUAUGGUUUAGCCAAGGUCAAGCAACGGAUCAUUGAAUAUCUGGCUGUUCGAAAGCUAAAACCAGAUGCAAGAGGCCCAGUUUUGUGCUUCGUUGGUCCACCAGGUGUGGGCAAGACAUCUUUGGCAUCAUCUAUUGCAGCUGCAUUAGGUAGAAAAUUUGUUCGCUUAUCUUUGGGUGGUGUGAAAGAUGAAGCUGACAUUAGAGGACACAGAAGGACUUAUAUAGGAAGCAUGCCAGGGCGCCUUAUUGAUGGGUUAAAGGUGAGUGGUUUGUUUCUAGAGCAACAUGGGCUUAGUUCCGAGUUCCUCAAGAUUCCGGAGGCUAUGGUAAAGAAUAUAAUUCAGAGAUACACUAGGGAAGCCGGUGUUCGUAGUCUAGAGAGAAACUUGGCUGCUGUGGCUCGUGCAGCUGCUGUGAUGGUUGCAGAGCAUGAACAAACUCUUCCGUUGAGUAAAGAUGUGCAGAAACUUACCUCUCCUCUGCUUAAUGGUAGAAUGGCGGAGGGAGGCGAAGUGGAAAUGGAAGUUAUUCCAAUGGGUGUAAAUGAUCAUGAGAUUGAAGGUACCUUCCAGAGUCCCUCAGCUAUGGUGGUGGAUGAGACUAUGCUUGAGAAAAUUCUAGGGGUAAAUCUCUUUUUACUCUGUUCACUUAUUAAAUAUUUGUAUCACGGAAUAGUAAGAGCCCGUGCAUCGGAUUUCAAGCUGGCACUUGCAGGGGAUAUGAAUGUUCUUGAUGGUCGAGACAUCCACAUUCACUUUCCUGCUGGUGCAGUGCCAAAAGAUGGACCUUCAGCUGGAGUGACUUUGGUGACUGCUCUGGUUUCGUUGUUCAGUCAGAAACGAGUAAGAGCAGACACAGCCAUGACCGGAGAGAUGACACUUAGAGGUCUCGUCCUGCCUGUUGGUGGCAUCAAAGAUAAGAUAUUGGCUGCUCACCGUUAUGGUAUCAAGAGAGUGAUUCUACCGCAGAGGAACUCAAAAGACUUAGUUGAAGUACCCGCCGCUGUACUUUCCAGUCUGGAGGUGAUAUUGGCAAAGAGAAUGGAGGACGUACUGGAAAAUGCAUUCGAAGGAGGUUGUCCAUGGCGGAACAACCACUCUAAAUUAUGACAAAUCUAUAGCUCUGUCUUUAAGACCGCAGAGUCAGAGUCGAACCAUGUUGGCAUAUUUGGUAAGGAUUCAGAAUAUUUGCAUACCCUUUAUAUGGUUUUCUCCCAGUCACCUUUCCUAUAUUGUAUGUUUGUGUAUGUAAUUGGCUUAAAUUUAUCAUCUAAUUUAAUUUACUCAUCUCUUCACGAACU